UAACGAACUUGAACCCAAAAAAAAUAAAAAUGAGUGGUUGGUCGAUUAAACACGUAAGCCCUAAUCGUCAAUAAGUAUAUAUUGUUAACAUUUUCAGCGCAGCCACAAAUCUUGCAUAGGAGAGAACAAACAGCAACGCAGCCAUGGGAAGAAGACCUGCAAGGUGUUACCGUCAAAUUAAAAACAAGCCAUACCCUAAGUCACGUUUCUGCCGUGGUGUUCCUGAUCCCAAGAUCAGAAUUUAUGAUGUCGGUAUGAAAAAGAAGGGUGUUGAUGAGUUUCCUUUCUGUGUUCAUCUUGUCAGUUGGGAGAAGGAAAAUGUUUCAAGUGAGGCACUUGAAGCUGCUAGGAUUGCUUGCAACAAAUACAUGGCUAAAUUCGCUGGAAAGGAUGCUUUCCACUUGAGAGUCAGAGUUCAUCCAUUCCAUGUUCUUAGGAUUAACAAGAUGCUUUCAUGUGCUGGAGCUGAUAGGCUUCAAACAGGUAUGAGAGGUGCUUUUGGAAAGCCACAAGGUGUUUGCGCUAGAGUGGCUAUUGGACAGGUCCUUCUUUCAGUCCGCUGCAAGGACAGCAACAGCCACCAUGCACAGGAGGCCCUCCGUCGUGCUAAGUUUAAGUUCCCUGGCCGUCAAAAGAUCAUUGUUAGCAGGAAGUGGGGAUUCACCAAGAUUGACCGAAAUGAUUAUCUGAAAUUAAAGUCAGUGAACAGAAUUUUGGCUGAUGGUGUGAAUGCUAAGCUCCUCGGAUGUCAUGGACCAUUGUCUAACCGUCAACCUGGAAGAGCAUUCAUUAAUGCCAGCUGUAAUGAGGAAGCUUAGGCUUGUCUGUUACUUUGAAAUAUUAUAGUUUGGAUCACAUUGAUUUUGCAAGAGUGAAUUUGUUGUUUCGUCUACACAUUAGAUUAAACCGAGUUCUGUUAAUUUCUGUUUUGAAAACAACCUUGAACUGAUGGUUAAUGUUAUAUUUUGUUUUUUUGAUAAUGGGUUAAUGUUAUAUUUUGUUAUGGUCCA